AUGUCGAUGAAUCGAAGGGAUGUGGCAAACCAAUCUGUUAGAGCGCGAAUGGAGACCGAGUCGAAGGAAGCGUGGGAAAUGGAAGCUGAGAGAGACAGGAGCCAGAAAUUGGGACGUAAUCCAGCUGCAACCCUCUUUCCUGGUGCGUCCUCACCAGCUCGGCUUGGCGGAGAAAAAAACCCCUCCCUCCCCCCUACGCAAGCACGGCAGGGCACAACGCUUUUUGCUUUCCAUCCCGACGCUGUUAGCCGCUGCCGUGUCGCUGGGCGCACCAAGUUGGAGUAUGGCAUUGCAGAGGUUCACGCAGUCGUGCUUUGCCGAAGUUGCCUUUGUGUGCUCGCGUUUGAUGGCCAUUCACACAAUGCCGACGCCUAUCCCUCUUGUGUUCGACAUGUCGACGUAACAAAGGCAAAAAAAAUUGAAGCUCAGGGUCAACCAUAUCGUAGCACUUGUUCAUCCUUAGAACACGAUCAUCUUGCAAGCCAGGUAAUGCGACGCAUCAAACCAAAGCAGCGAGCUCGAGGCACCAACGAUGUAAUUCCUAAGUCGGUCCAUGGUAACUUUCAAAGAUACUAUCAUAUCCGCAAUCCCACAACCGCCGAUGACGAUAACGAUGCUGCAGACGGCAAUUCAGCUAGUCGCUCGACAGUCGUGUGGCAGCCAUCUUGCGCUUCCUUACUGCACACUAUGCUCAUACAGGCUCGGUUGCAACAAGUUCGUGUACUAGACAUAGGCUGUAACUCCGGCAAACUCACCAUUCAGCUCGCACAGACCCUUCUUGCUCUCCUUCGCAAGGUGAGUGGUGAUGGUACAGGGGUGGAGAUCAUAGGUGUCGAUAUCGACCCGAAGCUGAUUGGACAGGCGAAGGAAGCAGCGGGUAUUGCGAGGUCGCUUCAUCGCCCCCCAAAACUCAGCUCUGAAGAAGGUGUUGCGGGAGGAGAGCAGCUGCCGACAGAAACAGUUUUCUUUCCGUCUUGCUUUCCUGCGCUAUUCGGUCCCUUGAAAAGUGCUGCAAAUGAUGACGAACGAGGGGCGAAAGGACGACGAGCCAGCACGGCACAUCUCGAACCACGAUUGCUACGAUUGAUAGCAGCAGAAUGGGUCCACCCCUCCCCCGCGACCAGCUCAUCCUUUCACUACUCUCUCCACCCUCUCUCCCACCUGACCAAUCUCGACAAGCGCCAAUACUCAACCAUACUUGUGUUGUCCAUCACCAAAUGGAUCCACAUCCAACGAUCCGAUUCCGGCCUGACUCUAUUCUUCGCUCGCCUCUCAUCCACUCUCUUACCCGGCGGAUUGUUAUUUUUGAAGAGACAGGAAUGGAAAUCGUACUCCACGCCAAGAACCUCGACGCUGGGAUGA